AUGUAUGUACACGGUUCGCUCGUACUGUUGAAAUUUCAGCUGUGCCUGAGGCUGUUGCUUGUAACGGCGUUGACGAUCCGGGCGACUGUGGGCCCGCCGCUCGCGCGCAUCCGCGUGAGAUUCGUGCAGCCGCCUUACAUACAGGAGCACGGGCUCACCACGGAUGGGGCGCGGAUCGUCGAGCAGCAAUCCUACCUGUCGGUCGCUAGAAGAAGCUCCACGCUGCUGAACUCGGGAUCUGGGUACCCAACCCGGAGUGGAGCUCGUUACUUGUCACAAAGACCAGACGGUCCACGAUUCAUCGAACGAAACGACCUCAGUGCCGGGGAAGGAGGUUUUUCUCACGGACUAGGCCAUCCGGAUCCGCUGUUGCUUAUCGGGGAAGCGGCACUGAUCGCGGUGAAGUACUUGUACGGGAGAGGCGAGUUGUUCUUCAGCGACGUACCCCACGAGCGAGCAGUACUGAGGCACCAGGAGUUGCGGAAACUAAACGGCCUCAAUGGCAAUGUGCUCGGUAGUUUGAGACCGAGUUCACCGUGGUAUCGCUGGGACGACGGUUUUAACGUCAUUCACUGCGUGUGA